CAUCACCACCACCCGCCCGCCGCUCAUCACCCUAUCCCCCCCUUCAUCACCAUCAGACAUCGUUUAUACCCCCUCCCCUCAAAGCACGACCUUAACUUCCCUUUUUUGCACUUCUAGAGACUCUUGGCUCGCCACACACUCCUCCCAACAUUGCAACAAACUCCCCUAAUCACAACAAAACACACACAGGACUUGUCGAGCACCAACCCCGCCAGUUGGGGGAUCAACAACAACAACAAUGGACCCGUCCAUUCUAAGAGGUCUCAAUGACAAGAUCUAUGAACGGCGAAAGGCAGCAGCCCUAGAGCUGGAGAAGCAGGUGCUAUCGUCCGAUGGCGCCCGCAUAGCCACCAUUGUCGACCAGCUGGUCGGCAUGUUCAGCUCGACCAACGCGAUGCACACGCGCAAUGGCGGCCUCAUCGGUCUGGCCGCCACCGCCAUCGCACUGGGCCAGGACGUGGCGCCGUACCUCCCCACCAUCAUACCUCCUGUGCUGGCGUGCUUCCAGGACAGCGAGAGCCGAGUGCGGUACCAUGCCUGCGAGAGCUUGUACAAUAUUGCCAAAGUUAGCAAGGGCGAGAUCCUCGUCUACUUCAACGAGGUCUUUGAUGCACUCAGCAAGCUGUCAUCCGAUUCUGAGAUGUCGGUCAAGAAUGGCGCCGAGCUGCUGGACCGCUUGAUGAAGGACAUUGUGGCCGACGCUGCGUCGAACUACGUCUCCAUCUAUUAUGAGGACGAUCCCAACCGAACGCCUCGUGACAAGGCCCUGGGCGAGUCUCAUGACGGAAGUGGCGAGCCGCCAAGUUACUCGUUGACGUCUGGCGGCAAGGACACUGACGGGCAAUCCAACACGAGCCCGACGAGGAAUGGAGACUUUGAUCGGUCCAACGUCCAGUCGCCCGAACGCAUGGGACCUGACAGACGAGCGUUCUCCCUGGAGCGGUUCAUCCCACUCCUGAAUGAGCGUGUGUACGCCAUCUCGCCCUACACCAGGAUGCACCUGGUGUCGUGGCUGAUGGUGCUCAACACGGUCCCAGAUCUUGAGCUCGUGACGUACUUACCCGACUUUCUCGAUGGCCUUCUGAAGUUUCUAGCGGACAGCAAUCUCGACGUCCGCGUUGCCACCGAGAACCUGCUCGCAGAGUUCUUACGCGAGAUCAAGCUUAUCGCGCAACAGCAGGACAAGCACGCGGAUAGUCAUCCCGCGCGCCGCGACAAGAACCAGAGCCACCAGGCCACGAUCGACUCGGCCUCGGCUUCGAUUCCCCUGCACCCCGAGGACAACGAGUCUGCCAUCGAGUCCGAUGAUGACGAUAGCUCCGACUUGGAACGAGACGAGACGGGCACGAUGGACACUCGCGCCGAGAACGAAUGGGAGGGCGACGGGUCCGGUGCUUGGGAGCCGGGACAGAAUGCCUUUGUCGACUACUCGUCGAUCAUGGACAUUAUCGUGGACCACUUAUCAUAUCCCGACAACAUGGUUCAGACGACGGCAAUGGACUGGAUCCUCACCUUCUUGGAGUUUGCUCAGAACACCGUCAUCUUCUACACCCCGCGCAUCGUCUCUGCCGUUCUUCCCAACCUGGCUUCUCCAAACCGUCAUAUCAAGGCUGCGGCCAGCGAGACGAACCGCCGGCUCACUGCCGUGAUUCAGGCUCUCCCCCCUCUGCAAGUGACGCCGGCGCCACCCGCGGCGGCCCCUCCAGCCGCUGGCAACAGCAUUGGCCAAGGCAGCUCUACUCUGAUCUCGACCGCUGGUUCCUCGCCCCAGGCUGGACCAAAGAAGGACGUUCUGGCAGAGUCGCCUGACCGUCUUUCCGCGUUGACCGCGGCGGAUCCUUUGGACAGCGGUGGCGUCCCUGGAGCGACGUUGAAGAUUAAGGCGCCGCCACCCGUCCCCGUGUCUGAACCAGUGACACCUGCAACUGGCGAGUUCCCUGCAGGUACUAAGACGGUCCGGACACGCCCGCAAUCUCCAGUCGGACAAGCGCAGGCUCCCCAGUUAAUCUCCAUGCAGCUGCAGCAGGCGCCCCCGGCCGCUCUGCUUUCGCCGGGACAGGAGACUUUCCUCGAGGAUGACCCAUUCGACGUUCACGAGACGGUCAACAUGCUCACGCUGCAAUUCUUGAGUGACCACCCAGAGACUCGUAUCGCGGCGUUGGAGUGGCUCCUUAUGCUUCAUCUCAAGGCGCCGACCAAGAUCCUGUCACGAGACAGUGGAACGUUCCCAGCACUGCUCAAGACGCUGUCCGAUCCCUCCGAGGACGUCGUCAAGCACGACCUCCAGCUGCUCGCUCAGAUCUCCUCGUCCUCUGAAGACUCGUACUUCCGCAGCUUCAUGGUCAAUGUGCUUGAGCUGUUUAGCACCGACCGCCGCCUCCUGGAGAACCGAGGAAGCCUCAUCAUCCGCCAGUUAUGUAUCCACCUCAACGCCGAGAAGAUCUUCAGAACACUGGCCGAGAUCCUGGAGAAGGAUGAUGAUCUCGAGUUCGCCGGCAUGAUGGUCGUCAAGCUGAACAUGAUCUUGAUCACGUCGCCCGAGUUGGCCGACUUCCGCCGCCGCUUGAAGAACCUCGACUCGAAGGACGGAUCGAUGUUGUUCACUUCGCUUUACCGCUCGUGGUGCCACAAUGCCGUUGCCGCGUUUGCCCUGUGCUUGCUCGCCCAGGCUUACGAGCACGCGUCAAAUGUGCUCCAGAUCUUCGCCGAGUUGGAACUCACCGUCCCGCUUCUUGUUCAGAUCGACAAGCUGGUCAUGCUCAUCGAGAGCCCUGUCUUCACAAACCUCCGCCUCCAGCUCCUCGAGCCCGAAAAGUACCCGUACUUGUCCAAGUGCUUGUACGGCCUCCUCAUGAUCCUGCCGCAGAGCAGUGCCUUUGUGUCGCUGCGCGCGCGCCUGUCGGUCGUCAACUCGUCGGGCUAUGUUCCGCCUCCGAACAAGCCUAACUACUCGGCCAACGUCGGUAGCGGGAGGACAAAAGUUGGAGAGAUCAAGUGGCAGGAACUUCUUGCUCGUGAGUGGAGGGAUGUGGAGGUUGUGGAGAUUGUGGAUCUGCGACUUCCGGGCCGUCCAAGCCCGGCAUGAGCGGGCCAGGCGGCAACUUCAGGUUGUCGAAGGAGUUUCCAGCAUCCACUUCUCGUCCCCGUCACAGACGUCGGGCUCGGCAGGCAACACCAAACCUGGUGUCACGGGUCUGCCGCGACGAAAGCCGGGUUCGAGCGACAAGCGCGCAGACCCUGGGCUUGGUUCAGGCGGCGCUCGAGUCGCGAGCGGUUUGUCGCCUCUCAAUCCGAAACGCCUGGGAUCCGGGCACGCGGCAGCUCCAGCACUGGUGGGUGCUGGCGGUGCCGUGGCUAGCCUCCAUCAACAGGGUCUCAUGCGAGCAAUGAGUCCCCCGCCGGUUCCAGCGGGCCGCAGCAAGCGGCUGCCUGCUCCUGGAGCCACGCGCCGAUCGUAGAUAUUGAGCUUUCAUUGUUAAUAGCGCGUGCGGGGGGCCAGUUUACGCUGUAGAGAGAGCAAGUGUGCGGAUGUACCCCAAGCAUGGGCCUUUGACUGCGGCG